UGUAGCCUGCUGUGGCUAACCUCUAGUAAGUAGUAACCACACUUCCUCUGCCACUUUCAUGGCUACCUUACACAUAUAUAGAGAAACCCUUAGAUCUUGAACUUGUGUUUGCUUCCGAAAAGAUGAUUUAUUUGCAGAACUGGCAAAUGGGGCUGUGCUUGCUGGUCUGUAUCAUUAGCUGUUGCUUCAUUUCUGUGAGUUCACAAAGUGCUGUAGCUGGAAAUGAUAAUAACAGUGUUGUUGAAGGAACUGUUUUCAUAGAUGGAAAAUCUUCCAUUGGAAAGAUUGAUGAAAAUUCCAUUUGUGCCACCUUAGAUUGGUGGCCACCUGAGAAAUGUGAUUAUGGGACAUGCAGCUGGGAUCAUGCUUCUCUCAUUAAUCUGGAUCUUAACAACAGCAUCUUGUUAAAUGCCAUAAAGGCUUUUUCGCCAUUGAAAAUCAGAAUAGGGGGCACUUUGCAAGAUAAGGUCAUUUAUGACACCGAAGAUAAUAAGCAACCUUGUGUCCAAUUUGUCAAAAACACCAGGGAGAUGUUUGGUUUCACUCGGGGUUGCUUACCAAUGUAUAGAUGGGAUGAACUUAAUGCCUUUUUCAAGAAAUCUGGGGCUGAAAUUAUAUUUGGGUUAAAUGCUCUCACUGGCCGGUCCAUGAAAUCUGAUGGUUCUGCAGUAGGAGCUUGGAACUACUCUAAUGCAGAAUCAUUUAUAAGCUAUACUGUCAAGAAGAACUACUCUAUUUAUGGCUGGGAGCUCGGAAAUGAAUUAUGUGGGAGUGGUGUUGGAACAAGAGUUGCAGCAGCUCAGUAUGCUUCUGAUACAAUUUCCCUGUAUAACAUAGUGAAAAAGAUUUACAGCAGCAUUGAACCGAAACCGCUAGUUAUAGCACCUGGAGGAUUCUAUGAUGCAAAUUGGUUCAAAGAGUUUGUAGAUAAAACAGGCAAUUCUGUAGAUGCUAUCACCCACCACAUAUACAAUCUUGGUCCAGGAGUUGAUACACAUCUCAUUGAAAAGAUCCUUAAUCCAUCCUAUCUUGAUGGUGAGGCUAGGACCUUCAAUAGCCUCCAAAGCACUCUCAAGAGUUCUGCAACUUCAGCAGUUGCAUGGGUUGGUGAAUCAGGAGGGGCUUACAACAGUGGCCGUAACCUUGUUACCAAUGCAUUCGUGUUUAGUUUCUGGUAUUUGGAUCAGCUUGGGAUGGCAUCAUCUUAUGAUACAAAAACGUACUGCAGACAGUCAUUGAUUGGUGGCAAUUAUGGUUUACUCAACACUACUACUUUUGUUCCAAAUCCGGAUUACUACAGUGCUCUUCUUUGGCACCGCUUAAUGGGAAGACAUGUUCUAUCAACCAGCUUUUCUGGAACCAAAAAAAUACGUGCAUAUACUCAUUGCGCAAAACAAUCUAAGGGGAUCACAUUACUACUAAUCAACCUUGACAGUAGCACGACUGUUGAUGUCAAUGUAAAAUUCAACAGCACUUUGGGAUUGCACCGUAAACACAAGACUCACAGGUCUCAUGAAACAAAGGUCAUUCGACUGCUUGAAGGAUCCACAAGUGAGAUAACAAGAGAAGAAUACCAUCUAACAGCAAAAGAUGGAGAUUUACACAGCCGAAUAAUGCUACUCAAUGGGAACAUUUUAACAGUAAAUUCAUCCGGGGACAUACCUUCCUUCGAGCCACUACUUGUAAAUUCAUCAAAGCCGAUAAUGGUUGCUCCUUUCUCUAUUGUAUUCGUUCAAAUGUCAUAUGUUCUCCCUGCUUGCAGUUAGGUGGUAGCACUUAAUGGAACUGAAAUUAGUUCCAUAUAGUGUAUAGUGAUUGAUCAAAUAAGACAGAAUACAAGCAGUAAAUGCUACAUUCUUUCUUGGUGAAUAAUACAAUGAAAAUUGUUUUGGUAAA